AGUUGAGCUUCACGGGAUGUUGGAAUGGGAUGAUGAUGAUGCUGAGAGAGCCGCGCGGCGGAGGAGAACCGGCUGAUCUGAAUCCGUUAGAAGCCGUCACCGGGGAGGACGAGUCGAGACGAGACGGCUGAGUCACUGCUGGUGAGGAGGAAGGUCUGGAGAGGGAACGAGAGGAGAAGAGGAGGAGGUGGAGGAGGAGGGGGAGAAGAAGAAGAAGACGAAGGGAGGGGAGGCAGGGCGAUAAGCCACAACAGGAAGCAAAACGAAUCAUAUACACGUAGACAUACACACCGCGUGUUCGCGCGCGCGUGUGUGUGUGUGUGUGUGUGUGUGCGCGCGCGUCUGAGAGAGGCUGCGCGAACAAGAGGGUGAACGGGAAAGGAAGGGAGGGAGAGUGACGCGGAGGCUGGGAGAGCCGACCCCCCCCUCCUCCUCUCCUCCUCCUCUCCCUCUCUUUCUCUCCUCUCCUCCUCUCCUCCCCUCCUCCCUCUCCCUCUCUCUCUCUGUGGAGCAGGCGUGUAGCGGCAUCAGACUCGGCGUGAAGGAACCAUGAGCGAUGUCACCAUCGUUAGAGAGGGAUGGCUCCAGAAACGGGGUGAAUACAUAAAGAACUGGCGACCGCGCUACUUCCUGCUGAAGACAGACGGCUCUUUCAUCGGCUACAAAGAGAAACCACAGGACGCAGACCUGCCCUAUCCCCUAAAUAACUUCUCUGUAGCAAAAUGUCAGCUGAUGAAGACGGAGAGGCCGAAGCCAAACACCUUCAUCAUACGCUGCUUACAGUGGACCACCGUCAUCGAGAGAACCUUCCAUGUGGACUCGCCUGAUGAGAGAGAUGAGUGGACAGAGGCCAUUCAGAUGGUGGCCGACAAGCUGCAGAGACAAGAGGAAGAAAGGAUCCAGUGCAGCCCCACGUCCAACAUCGACAACAUGGUGGAAGAGGAGAUGGACAUCUCCACUACACACCACAAACGCAAGACUAUGAGUGACUUUGAUUACCUGAAGCUGCUGGGAAAAGGAACCUUUGGUAAAGUGAUUCUUGUUCGGGAAAAAGCCAGCGGGAAGUACUAUGCCAUGAAAAUCUUAAAAAAAGAAGUCAUCAUAGCAAAGGACGAAGUGGCUCACACACUCACAGAGAGCAGAGUACUGAAAAACACCAGACACCCUUUCCUCACCUCAUUGAAGUAUUCAUUCCAGACUAAAGACCGCCUCUGUUUUGUCAUGGAGUACGUGAAUGGAGGAGAGCUGUUUUUCCAUUUGUCCAGAGAGCGGGUGUUCUCAGAGGAGCGCACGCGCUUCUACGGUGCAGAGAUUGUCUCAGCUCUCGACUACCUGCAUUCAGCCAAGAUUGUGUACCGGGACCUCAAGUUGGAAAACCUGAUGCUGGAUAAAGACGGCCACAUCAAGAUCACAGACUUUGGACUCUGCAAGGAGGGCAUCACCGACGCCGCGACCAUGAAGACCUUCUGCGGCACGCCAGAAUACCUGGCCCCCGAGGUCCUGGAGGACAACGAUUACGGGCGGGCGGUGGACUGGUGGGGCCUGGGCGUGGUGACGUACGAGAUGAUGUGCGGCCGGCUGCCGUUCUACAACCAGGACCACGAGAAGCUGUUCGAGCUCAUCCUCAUGGAGGACAUCAAGUUCCCGCGCACGCUGUCGGCUGACGCCAAGUCGCUGCUGUCCGGCCUGCUCAUCAAAGACCCCAACAAACGGCUCGGGGGAGGACCAGACGACGCGAAAGAAAUCAUGAGACACAGCUUCUUCUCGGGCGUCGACUGGCAAGAUGUCUACGACAAAAAGCUCGUCCCUCCCUUCAAGCCUCAGGUGACGUCCGAGACGGACACCAGGUACUUCGACGAGGAGUUCACGGCCCAGACCAUCACCAUCACGCCACCAGAGAAAUUUGACGAGGACGGGAUGGACUGCCUGGACAACGAGAGGCGGCCGCACUUCCCGCAGUUCUCGUACUCCGCCAGCGGCCGGGAAUGAACUGUCCGUCACGGAGACGCCGCCGCCGCCGCCGCCGGUCUCUGGGGCGACGAGUGUGGGACGAAAAGACCCACCCAGAAAGACCCCAGCGUGAAGGACUUUGCCCUUCUCCUCCUCUCCUUCUCUCUUUUUCACCUCUCCAGUCUGCCUUUUCUUACGUUGAGUUUUUUGGUGAAUCCCUUCUUACUUAAAAAAAACAAAACAAAAACAAACAAAAAAAAAAAAUCCCUUUUGGGGAAAAUUACGGUCUCAAUCAUACAAGACAAGCGCGGGCGAUCGGAACUGUGAAGUGACCAGUUGCUCUGUAAAGACCCUUUAAAACGGGGAGCGCCACCGGCGACCUGCUGUGCUUUGACAUGCGUCGGUCCGGCGAAAACUCCGGCGAAAGACGGACGCGUCGUAGGUUUUCCUGCAGCUUGGCGACGGAGAUCGCAGCAUCGCAAGUCGUCUAAACCCAAACUGCCAUUACCGGUUGUAUCUCAGGCUUUUGCGAACAGACGGAUUGCCCGGCCGGGCCCCUCGGCGGAAUCGUCCCGGGAGCGUCGGGAGGGAGUGGCGGCGAUCUCUGAGCAGAAUCCUACACACCUCAUGUCGUCGGGCAGGAUUUGACUCAGGUUUUGCUCCGUGCAAAGUCAUUAAUCGUUGUUGCUGCUAUAUUACAACUAAUACCACGACUAUUUACAGGUACUGCUACUCCUACUUCUACUCUACCACUACUGCUACUUGUAAAAUCCGGUGCUACACUUCUAGCUCGAUGCUGCUGAUCAUCAAACUGGCGCCAGCAAAACACCAGACCGCUCGAACCGACGUCUGCAGAACAGCCGCUGCUCUAACGUGCAUCCACUCUGUAGGUCUGGGGAACGGACAGCAUGUCGUGUGUGUGUGUGCGUGUGCGUGUGUGUGAGAGAGGUCCACUCGCGGAUUUGUGUUUCAGGACGCACCUCAAAGCACAGCAGUUCAGAAGAAUAAAGCUCCCAAACCACAAGCUUUACCACUUUACCCACAGUGCAGUGCGGAGAGGUGAAAAUGAGAAGACAGCAGCUGGUUUGAAUGUUUCCCGUUUCCAUUCCUUCGUUUUUCUUUUUUUUUUUUUUAAAUAUUUAUUUCC